ACUGAAAAACAAAUUGAUCAACUGGUGUUUACUACAAAGAGUAACGUGAAAAGGGGAAAAGAAAUAAUUGUUUACCUACAUAUCUAGCAUAAAGUGAAUUUUCAAUUAGUUCUGAUUAAUUCUACUACGAUUAGAGUCUAAAUAAUGAAAUAUACAAAUUCAGUUCAUUCAAACUAGUGCUGUUAGUAAUAAAAAUAUGGUGUAGCUUGUAGUUGAAAGCCAAACCGCUUCGAACAACAAUAUUUCUAUAAAAAUAUUGUACCUAACAGGAAAACUGAAAACAUCUAAUUAAUUGACUUGUUUGGCUACGAAGAUAAAAUGUCGGCUCUACUAACAGCUGAUUGGUUCCAACUGGACACAUAUUAUCGAAAAUUUGAUCUCUACACAAUGAACUGGAUGAUGGACGAAGGUUUAGAGAAUAUGAUAGUUAGCGGUGCACCGUAUGGUGGCCCAAUGGCAGUAGUGAGAGACCGUAAACAAUUUGUUCAAAUAAAAACCACCACUAAACCUGUUAUAACAAUCUACAACUGCUCAGGAAAUGUUAUAUCAAAGAUAUUGUGGAACAGUGGUGUCCUACUACAUAUCGGAUGGUCUGAUGGGGAACAGCUACUUUGUAUUCAAGAAAGCGGUGAUGUCCUUAUUUAUGACAUGUUUGGAGCUUACCAGAAAACUUUCAAUAUGGGCCAAGAAGUCAGAGAUACAAAAGUUUGUAAAGCUCAAUUGUUUCCAAAUCCUCAUGGUAUAGGACUAGCUGUUAUCACUACAACUAAUAGAAUGUUCCUUGUGAGUAAUGUUUCUGAACCAAAAGCUCGACCGGUUCCUGAUAUACCAAGAGCCAAUGAACCGAUAUCAUGCUGGUGCGCUGUAAACUCUAGUUUUAUAGUGUGUCGAGAUAAAGAGAUUUAUAAAUGCCAACUAGGUGAAUCCAGGGCCAUUCUUUUGCGUCCAGAAAUCAAGAACCCCUACACACAGAUCCUAUCUAUCGUGGCUUCACAGAAUGGCAAGCACAUUGCGUUCUUUACCGACUCUGGUUUCCUAUGGAUUGGAUCUUCCGAUUUGAGGAAUAAUUACUGCGAGUUAGAUACGGAUUAUAUUAAACAACCCAAAGAAUUCAUGUGGUGCGGUUCCCAAGCUGUGGCCGCACACUGGGACGACACUUUGUGCAUGUACGGUACUAAAGGCAAUAGUGUUGCGUAUCCAUACGAUGGACCCUUCCACUUAAUUCAGGAGAUGGACUGCAUACGUAUUGUAUCAGAAAUGACCCAUGAACUCGUGCAAAAGGUGCCUUUUGUUGUUGAGAAAAUAUUCCGGAUCAAUAGCACGGCGCCCGGCUCGUACCUAGUUGAAGCUUCUAAGCAAUUUCAGAAACGCAGUCACCGAGCUGACGAGUACAUCCGGCUGGUGAAGCCCGACCUGUCCGCCGCCGUCGCGGACUGCAUCGAGGCAGCCGCCUUCGAGUUCAGUCCGGACGUGCAGAAAAUGUUGAUCCGGGCCGCGCAGUUCGGGAAAUGCUUCCUGAUGGACCCCGUCAUCACGGAGCUCUACGUCAAGACGUGUCGCUGGUUGAGAGUUCUGAACGCCGUCAGAGAUCCUAAAGUGGCUAUACCUUUGACGUCUAUGCAAAUGCGUAAUUUGGGCGAACGAAUACUUCUUGACCGGCUCAUAUGGCGCCGACUGCACUGUUUGGCCGGACACAUCGCUUCCUACCUGCAACUGAAGGAUGGACGCACGAGAGUCCUGUCCCAUUGGGCUUGUUACAAGGUAACUCAGCCUCACUUGGACAACGAGAGUGCCGCAAGGGAGAUAGGCGAGAAGCUACGGAAUGUCCCUGGUAUAUCGUACACAACGAUAGCCAUGAAAGCUGCCGAAAAAGGAAGGAAAGCUCUCGCUAUAAAAAUCCUGGAGUACGAGGCACAUAGCAAAUUACAAGUUCCAUUACUAUUGUCACUCGGCGAAGGUCCGACUGCGCUGCUGAAGGCGACCGCCAGCGGCGACACGGACUUGGUCUACGUUGUUCUGUUGCAUCUCAAGGAAAAAAUGGGAAAACAUGACUUUGAGCUCACGAUCCGCAGUUUCCCUUUAGCGCACGCCCUGUACAUCAAGUACUGCGCAAGUCACAACCGCGAGGCCCUGCGCCUGGUCUACGUUCAGGAGGACGACUUCCAGGGUCAGGCCGCCACUCACAUAUGUGACGCCAUCGAGCAGACCAACCCGGGCAGCGCGGAGGCCUCGCUGAUAUCCGCCAGGGAAUGUUACAAAAAGGGCAAAAACGAAUUAGGUGCAUCUGUAUGCGAGGACGCCCGGAAGCUGUGCAAGCAACAGUCCAGUCUCCAGGAGACGUACGGAACGAGCUUCGUGGGGCUGUCGCUUCACGAUACCGUCAAAAAGCUUCUGGACCAAGGAGAAGUCAGAUUGGCGGACAAACUGCGAUCGGAAUAUAAAAUGCCCGAUCGAAGAUAUUGGUGGCUUCGUAUCCUAACACUAGCCGAGAAGUCCAAUUGGGAGGAAUUGGAUAAGUUUUCGAAAUCAAAGAAAUCUCCAGUCGGGUACGAGCCGUUUGUCGACGCCUGUCUCAAGUACAACAAGGCGGACGAAGCACUCAAGUACUUGCCGAGAUGCAGGGAUGAGAUCAAAAUUAAAUACUACGUCAAAGCUGGGUAUUACGCGGAGGCCGCCGAAGUAGCAUACGAACAGAAAGACGAAGCCGGCUUACAUUUCGUUCAAAACAAAUGCCCGAUGCAAGACUUCGACAAUCAAGCCAAAAUAUCAGGACUCCUAGAACAGUUGAAAAUUAAGAAAUGAUCGUUUUCGUUUGCCGUCUCCGUCGACUGCACGCUGUGGCUGUGACCCGGAAUAAGUUAUAUUCACAAAACUCAAUAUCACUUAAUGUAUAUCAUGAAAACGCACCCUAAAGCACCUCGCACCUUUAGCUGCGUGGUGCCGACUUAAACUUAGAAUAUAUCUCUGUGGGUUGGGUGGCCGCGUUCUCAGAAUGCAAUACCAUUUACUGGUGGUUAAGCAUCCUGUAAGCCCACGCGGGUAGGUCCCACCGCCCUUUUUUUUAACGCUGGGAAAUCCAUUUACGGGUACCCGGUCGAGGGGGGUAACGGACCUGGUUAUGUCGGACUCCGGCGCCUCAGGAGAGAAUGAGGGGGAGAGGAGAAGGACCGAGGUUCUCCACGUCCCCCAAUUUCUCACAGGAGACUGUGCCUUGAAAAAGGCGCGCGAAGCACUUGCCCCGCACAACCGACUACCGACUAAACCCCGUCGAGCUCCACCACACCGAAUACACGAAACUUACGGUACCGCAGUGCGCGCAGAAAGUCCCGCCUUCGCCGGUACCCGUCCUGAUAAUAGGACGGAAUCUCAUCCACGGGAUUUUUUUUAUUGCUUAGAUGGGUGGACGAGCUCACAGCCCACCUGGUGUUAAGUGGUUACUGAAGCCUAUAGACAAGGUAAAUGCGCCAUUCACCUUGAGAUAUCAGUUCUAAGGACUCAAGUGUGUUACAACGUCUGCCCCACCCUUCAAACCGAAACGCAUUACUGCUUCACGGCAGAAAUAAACGUGAGCGGCGCACAGGAGCCAUCUUGUACCGCUUCACCACUGGACUGACAGUCCCUACGAGGGCUGAGCGGCGAAUUCCCGCCCGCGCUGUCCUCUCCGCUUUCUGCGCUGUGGAACCGAAGAGGGAUCCCAUUCUCUUUCGCGUUCCUCAGCCUCACGAAGCGACAUGACCAAAUCGCAGAACCCGGCUAUGCCCUCCCACAAACUCCGGUCCUCUACCAUACGGGCGACGACAGCCUACAAAGAGAGGAGGUACCACCACCCUACUUAUUUCUGCCGGAAAGCCGUCACGCAUGUAAUGGUGGGACAUCUUUUAUACAAUAGAGACUCCAACCUCAUGUCUCAAGAUGGGUGGCGGUAGUCAACUUAUGUUGUCUAUGGGCCGUGAACUCAUUUAACCGUCAUCAUCAACCACCAUAGAAUGCAAUGCGAUGCAAUCAGAACAUAAUUAUGCUGUGAUUAUAGUUUCGUUUCAAUCGUAAAAUUUAAAUAAUAAAUUUAAUAUUUAGUAAUCACUAAUUUUAUAUAAAGUUAAAAUUUCUUACAUUUUCUAACCACAUACUUAUUCCCUCUAUUGAUUGUUUUUAUCGAUAAUUUCCUUGAGGAAGUUCUGUGAAACGAAUCAAGCCACUGGCCGUCAUUAGUUUGUCAAUAAUUCAUAAUGUAAUAUAUUAUGUUUUGUUUGAUUAACCGACUAUAAAAAUGGAGGAAUAUUCGAGAAACAUUUGUCAUUUAUUAACUUUACAUGCAAAACUUACCACCGUGAAAUGUAAAUUAUAUAGCGCCAUAAUGUAAUCCUAUUAUUCCUAUAACUAUGUAACGUAUAAUAAUCAUAAAACAAUAUUAUUAAGGUUUAUUAUUUUAUAUGAAUGUUAUAAAUAAAAUGAAAGACUCCACAUAUGUCA